AGGCAUCUCAGGGCAAGAUGUGGCUGUGACGUCUACUCUGCCCUUAGUACUCUAGAGGCACGGGCACGGUGGCUGUCAGACUCGCCCCACAGCCAUGGCAAAGAAUGGACUUGUAAUUUACAUCCUGGUUAUCACCUUGCUCCUGGACUUAACCAGCUGCCACGCAUCCAAGCUCAAAGCCAGGAAGCACAGCAAACGCCGAGUGAAAGAGAAGGAUGGAGACCUGAAGACUCAAGUGGAAAAGCUCUGGAGAGAAGUCAAUGCCCUGAAGGAAAUCCAAGCCCUGCAGACAGUCUGUCUCCGAGGCACAAAAUUUCACAAGAAGUGCUACCUUGCCGCGGAAGGCUCGAAGCACUUCCACGAAGCCAAUGAAGACUGCAUUUCCAAGGGCGGGACCCUGGUUGUACCCAGAAGCGCGGAUGAAAUCAACGCCCUCCGAGACUAUGGUAAAAGGAGCCUGCCUGGGGUCAAUGACUUUUGGCUGGGCAUCAACGACAUGGUCGCAGAAGGCAAGUUUGUUGACGUCAAUGGGCUUGCCAUCUCCUUCCUUAACUGGGACCAGGCACAGCCUAACGGUGGCAAGCGGGAAAAUUGUGCCCUCUUCUCCCAGGCAGCUCAGGGCAAGUGGAGUGACGAGGCCUGUCACAGCAGCAAGAGGUACAUAUGUGAGUUCACCAUCCCCCAAUAGUCCCUUCUCAGGUACAUCUUCCCAGAAAGACCGGUCAUGAUUUACAGGCUGAUGGUUCUCAAGAAUGGUUCAAAAUCGUCAUAGGGGAGGUGAUGUCC